AUGAAGGGGGGGAAAGGAGUUGGGGAUAGGAAGGUACCGGGGAAGAGGGUCGUCCUGGUCGGCUUCUCCUGCUUUCUCUUAGGGAUAUUAUUCACUACCAGGUAAUCCUCCUCCUCCCCUCCGCCGCCGUUCCUCCGCCGUGUUUGAUUCCCGGCGUUCAGCCCCCGCCCCCCCUCUGCCUACCGUGACAUAGCUUCUCGUCGGGUUCUCUCAUAUUGCUGAAAUUUUCAACGAAUACCGAAGAAAAUAAUGGAAAAUUUUCUUCAUUGGAAAAUGAAGAAAUUAUAUUAUCUGUUUGUUUCUCCGUCUAAAAUGGUUCAGUUCGAUAUUAUUUAGUCUGAAUCUGAAUUUACUUUUUUUUUUUUUUUCUUUAAGAGGGUACAAUUCAGGAUGAGAAUACAACCGCCAUAUUGCUGAAAUUUUUAACUAAUAAUAGAAAAAUAGCAAGAAAUUAGAUUUUUUAUUUUGUGUUCCUUUAAAAGGCAAAAAUUCAUUCUUAUUUUGUAUGGUCUGAUUAUUAUUUUUUACUUUAAGAGGGUACAAUUUUAAAUGAGAUUAUAUCAUCAUUGUCCUGAAAAUACCACCCCAGACUGCUGAAAAAUUUACGAAUAAGUAAAAUUAACAAUAAUUUUAAUUAUUUAUUUGUUUCCUCCUGUAAUUCGGUAUGGAUCAUAAAUGAAUAGAACUCGGGAUGAUAUAAUCUCAUUACAUUGAUUAUUUAACAAUAAUUUUAAUUAUUGAUUUAUUUUAUUACUUAAAAAGGGUACAACUCGGGAUGAGCUCUAAAUAAUGAAUAGAACGACUAACAAUUUACAUUAUGUAUUUAUUUAUUCCUUAUUUUUUGGGCUGGAUCAUAUUUUAUUUAUCUAUUUAUUGCUUUAUAAGGGUACAAUUUAGGACGAGCUUAUUCCUUUGUUUAACGGCCUGUACUUUGGAGUCUCCUCUAAAAACCCUGGGCCACCGUUGACCUGUGGGGAUGGAUGGGUGGCCGUGAAUGGGGUAAUAAGCGUCUUGCUGCCAGCUAGCAGCCUUUAAACCCGCGAUGUGGUUGACCUGUCGCCCCUGGUUCACUUCCCCACGUGGAGGCGUCCUAAGGCUCCACCACCUCACCCAACUAGAAACUGUUCUGGUCCUGGUGGGCCGGGCUUUAUGAGCUCGGGCCCACCAUGCUACACGUGGGCCGUAUUCUCUAUCUAGGAUGGGCCUGCAUGCCUUAAUGAGCCGGAAUGGCCCUCAGGCCAUUCAAUACAAAAUUAAGAGAGAGAGAGAGAGAGAGAGAGAGAUUCCUCUCUCUACAUCUUGGAGGCCAUUCUUCACCGCUAGUUCUACUAAAAAUUUUGGGCUUUGAUCUUCAGGCCGGCCCAAGCCCGGCCCACUCUGAAUUUAGUUCUAAAAAAAAUGGAGGAACAUACUAUCGGCCAAAAUUGUUAAAUUUAGAAAGGAUGCUAUUUAAAUAUAUUAUUUAACAAAUACUUAUAAAUAUUUAACUACUGAAAAAGAUGGACGAUAAAACUUUGAAAAUCCGAUGGGUUCUUGUCGAUCCCGCCACGAGCAGGUUCAUCGGCUACGGGGGCGGCGGCGGCGGCGGGGAGGCGACUGGGCAGAUCCUGCUGCAGCGGCGGCUGGAGCAGGAGAGAAUCCAGAUCAUCCCGGAAGAUUGCGGCCACAGUGAGGUGAGCCUGUAGAACGGACGAUGCUGAAUUUUGUUCCUUGCUGAUGUUCGAUUCUUCUGGUUCCUGCCGCCGUUUUUCCUCAUGUUUCCUGGAAUCAAUUCUCGGCUGACGAUAUCAGAGGCGGUUGGAGGAGGAGGACGAUGCGGCGGAGGCCCCCAAAUCCGGCGAGAAUGAACAGUGCGUGAGCGGCGGCGUACUUUGUAAGUGGUGUCCUGAUCCAUGGGCGGCGUUAUCUGAUGUGGAGUUGGGCCGGUGUCGCUGUUUCAGAUCCGUGGACUCGGUGGAGUCUGCUGCUUCCCGGAGCUCGGCCCUGGCCCGGAAUCUGACCUCCGGACCUCGGAAGAAGGCCUUCGUCGUUAUCGGCAUCAACACUGCAUUCAGCAGCCGGAGGAGAAGGGAUUCGAUCAGACAAACCUGGAUGCCGCAGGGUAUCAUUUCCUAUCAGAACAGUCGAUUUUCUUCCGCUCUUUGUCAUAUGCGAUGAUUUCAGAAAGUUCACAUCUCUUAGGCCUCAUUCACUGGAUGUUUUGAAUCCUUGAUUACUGUCGCCAAUUUUGGAACGCCAUUCCAUCCUUGGAUCAACUGCGUCUCCGUACACCUCCAAACAUUCCGAUGAUCAUCAUCCUUCUUAACGGCUUUCAUCGAUGACCACUCUGAUUCAGCAUCUAUAUACUGUUCUUCUGAGUUGGCUCUGGAAGUUGACCCUAGGAUUCUGGAAUAAGCAAGCGAUCAUACUACUUCUCUUAACAGAUAAAUAUUUUUUCUAAUUCUGAUUUCAGGAGAAAUACUUCAACAGCUUGAACGUCAGAAAGGCAUUGUGAUUAGAUUCAUGAUUGGCCGCAGGUAAAUUAAUUAGUUUUUAUGAUUUCUCUUGGAACUAUGACUCUUUGGAGAUUUGGAGGCGUGCUGUUCCAUACAUGAUCUUUCCUUCUUAUAGAUCCUUAGAAUGAUAGCGAACGAGUAUUCUAUAGAACCAGCUAAUGGAAGCAUGUUCUGGGUUCAUGAUUUUUCCACAGGAGGGCAAAAACAUCUAUGUUUCUCACGUAGGAGCUUUGAUAUUGAUAUAUUUUUUUAUACUAUCUCCAAGCUAACAUAAAGCUUUGAGACCGGUAGAGCCUUCUUGACUGCAAAUUUAGGGUUCAAGCCUUGAGCUUCCUGAGUCCUUUUGGUUACGAACUUCUGUGUAAAAAAAUUUAACUAUCAAAGGACGUGGAUUUUUAUUUUGCAUACGCGAAAUUAGAGUCAGGUCUCUUGACAUAUAAUAAGAUUUAUAUCAGUUUUGGUAGAUACAAUAAUAUCAAUGUUAACUCCUUCCCAAACCCGGUUUCCAUGAAAAACGUUGAAUUUUUUAUAUUCACGCUAGUUUUUUAGAUCAUGCCUGUGUUUUUAAUAAUGCCAAACAAAGAAACAUCGAUCAACUAAGUUGCCUCCAUUUCUCAAAUCAUACGAAUCGGCCAUUCUAUUGUAGCCUUUGAACGAUAACGCUGUAAAGUUCAGUGAAGCCCUUUGAAUACAGAAGCUUUUUAAAAAAAAUACAGAAGCUUAUCCCAUCUGUCAGACACCAAGAUGGGAGCCCUUUGAUCAUGUUAAUGGUGGGUUCUUGGCGCAGUGUUUCUCGUAAUGGUAUUCUGGACCAAGCUAUCGAGACAGAAGAGGCCUCCCAUCACGACAUCCUAAGGCUGGUGAGAGACAGCAGCAGCACCAGCUGUAUGAAACCUUUUCCCCGUGGCCCCCUUACUGAAUGAGCUGCUCCAUGGCGCAGGACCACAUCGAAGGUUACCACGAGCUCACUGCGAAGACGAAGGCGUUCUUCUCGACCGCGGUCCAGGAGUGGGACGCCGACUUCUACAUGAAGGUGGACGACGACGUCCAUGUGAAUCUGGGUCAGUCGGAUUCCUCCCCCCCUCAGGGAAUCUUCUCCAUCUUCGAUCUGUUUCUGUGAUGUGAUGAACUCUACUUGCUAUAUAUCCAGGUGCCCUCGCCUCAACUCUUGCCAAUUAUAGAUCCAGGCCCAGAACCUACCUCGGGUGCAUGAAAUCCGGUCCCGUUCUCGCCACCAAGUAAUGCAUCUGAUCGAGCACCUCCAAGAUCAGGGCUUUCUCUCUCUCUCUCUUCCUCUGAGCGCCGACUGCCUAAUCCGUGGCUGUGAAAGCAGGAAGUCGAAGUACUACGAGCCGGAGUUCUGGAAGUUUGGGAAUCGGGGGAACCGAUACUUCCGCCACGCCAGCGGGCAGAUCUACGUGAUCUCGCAGGAUCUGGCCGCGUACAUCUUCAUCAAUCGGUAUGAUCGGAGAGCUCUCUCGAAUCGACUGCAGGUUAUUUCCAUGGAUUGAGCCAUUUUUUCUCUUGCUGCCAGCGACAUCCUGCACAAGUACGCAAACGAGGACGUCUCGCUUGGCUCCUGGCUCAUCGGCCUCGACGUUGACCACACCAACGACAUGAGCCUCUGCUGCCGAACACUCCCUGGUAUGAUCCCCCCUGAGAAGUCGCCGCAGAACUAGGAGGAGAUGUCAGAAUCUGCCCUCUCUCUCUCUCACUCUCACACUCUCUCUCUUUCGCUCUGUGCAGAGACGUUGGAGACGUAUGGCCUGCCACCGUUGUCAGAUUGCGAGAAGAAGGCCCAGACGGGGGAUCCCUGCGUGGCGUCGUUCGACUGGAGCUGCAGCGGCAUCUGCAGGCCAGUGGAGAGGAUGGCAAGCGUCCACGCCAUGUGCGGCGAAGCAGAUGGAACCAUCUGGAGCACCUUUAUCUGA